UUAAAAAAAAUAAAUAAAGCUAGAAAAUAAAACUUGGUAAUAAUAGCAUAAAAAGAACAAAACAAAUUCAUUCAAAAUGGAAAUAAAAGGAAGUAAUAAUAAAAAACGAAUUAAGUAAAAAUUAAAGUAAAUUAUCGCUCGGCUUGUGUAUUUCCUCAGUCCAUGGUCACUUUUGCUUCACACACCAAAGUCCACUCUUGAGACUUUGCCAAAAGAAGCAAUCCCACUUCUGAUGUAUACUGUUUUCAAUGUAAAGCAAGGUCACAAGAAUCUUUAUUAGAGAACUUGUGAUCCGUCGGCGAUCGACAUCUAGUCCCUAUACUAAGAAAACAACAUCAAGCAAGGAUGGAAGUGAUCGCCUAGAGCCACAUGCGGCCCGCGAACAGAUUUUGUCCGGCCCGCGGAGAGCUUGUAUACUUGAAAGAAAAAUCUACUAGAGAUUAGAUGUUGUUUAUAGCAAAUAAAUUUAGUUUACUGAAGUAAUCUAUCUUUACGUUGAAUAUUAAUUAAUAUGACAUCUACAUUGAUAUGGUCAUGGGCUAACUACUCAUAACAUUGUUGUAGGUUAUUAUAUACUAACCAACAAAUUAUUGAAAUGAAUUCAACCAACAUUUUAUACAUUUUAAAUAAAAAAAUAACUUAUAACAAGCAUAAUGACAUAUGAAAUUCUAAUGAGAUUUACAUAAUUGUGAUUUUCCACUGACAAUAGUUUGUAGUUGUGGGCUAAUUUUACUUGUACCAAUAUUAAAAGAGAUUUAAGAUGCCCAUCAGUCAAUUUAGAUCUGUAGACAUUUUUUGUGUACUUCAUUUUGGAAAAGGUCUUCUCACACAGAUAAGUAGUACCAAAAACUGACGGACUGAUUCAACUUUUUUUAUCACCGGCGACAAUUAAUGAUAAUAUUGUUUUGGCCCUUAGAAUUUCUUGGCGUGAUCAAUAUGGCCCUAAGGCUGAAAAGUUUGGAGACCCCUGCACUAAUGGAUUGUGUUGACGACCUAACUACAUUUUCCAAUUGUUUUAAAAAAGCCGGUUUUGGUCAGUAUUCUGAAUGGGAAGAAGAAGAUGAGGUUCAAUUGACUUUCCAAAGUGAACGCCUGAAAGAAAAGAGUGAAGAAAUCCAAAUAGGAAUCGAGUUUAAAGCUUGGACAAACAUUAGAGAGUUUCCUACUGAUGAAGAUAUUAUCGAGUCCUGCAGAUCCGAACCGGUACAGUUAAACAUCGAAGAUGACCGGGAAAGUGACACGAUGGAGGAGGAAUUGGAAGACGAUUCCCAGCAACCACCUUCAAAUGAAUUGGUUGAAAAUUCGUUGAUUGUCUUGCGUUCCUAUUUGAAAACCAGUGAACAAUUGAAGCUUUUGUUGAAAACCAAAAUAAGAAAUCCGGGUCGUCAGUCACAAAUAACUGACUUUUUUCCAGUGAAACAGUAAACUUUAAUCUGUACAUAUAUAUGUAUGUACAUAUAUUAUGUAAAUACAUACAUAUGUACUACUACAUGUUUCAUAAUUUUCGUUUUUUAUUCAAAAACCAUAGAUAUUAGGGCGUUUAUGUAACGUAUAACCCAUUUUUAAAAAUGAAUGAAUAAAUGCUCAUUCACAAAAAGGUACAUGCAUUUGUAGUUUUUUAUUGAUAACUCGAAAUUUUCGUGUGUUAAAUCUCAGUUCGACUGUAUGCGGUUG